AUGUGUGCAUAUAACAACGUUACUCAACUCAACUACUACUUUUCUCUUUCCUUUCUUCUUUCUUUUCUGUUUUGUUUUCCAUCCGUAACCCCCUCCUUUUUUACUAGCUGCUUUCUUUUCGUUACACACUCUUUCUUUCGCGCUUUUCUUUUAGGUCUUUCUUUCGUACCUUUUUUGUUUCUUUCUGUAUUUUCGCUUCUUUUUUUAUCAUUUCGCUUCUUUUCUCUUUAUCUUUCUUUUCGCUUAUCAUUCUUUUCGUCUCUCUCUCUCUUUCCUUCUCUCUUUCGUCACUGCCAAUGCCAGUUGUACCAGUCAGUCAGCAGCCAGCCGUGUCAUCCAUCCUCCUCGCUUCCAUUCAUUCCACCCCUCAUCCCCAAAAUACACAACGAACGAACCAAAGAACGUGUCUUGUCUGUGUCUGUGACAGGCAGACCGGCCAAUCGGCCUUUCCUCAUCAUCGAUUCCCACCAUUCACUCACUCACUCACUCAUUAAUUCUCUCUCUCUCUCUCAAACCCCAUUCCUUUCAUAG